AUGGCGCAGCGCGACAGAAACUCAGGAAACAGCAUGGAGGAUGCAGAUAAACUCAUAUCGCCAGAAAAGAACGCUCCCGCGAGCGCAGAAGUAUACCGGCAAAUGCGACAGCGAUUUCGAAGACUUUCGGAGAUUCCAAAGCCACAGGAUAAGUCACAGGACAAGUCACAGAUCCUGACAAAGGUGACCAUUCAAGAGCUCUGCAGCCUGGUAACACUUCAAGCUAUACGAGCCACUCUCGAAGACAAGACCGAUGAAGACAUCAUGGAGGAGCUCCAACGAGCGCAGCUCUGGCUGGAUGAUGUUCUUGCAAGCCAUGCUAAGCUUCUAAAGCGAGAGCACUAUAUGCGCAUGUUCCGCUUGGCGAUCGAGAAAGAGCUGGCAGGUACCAAGGAGCAGUGGACGCAGAUGGAGAAGGUGUACAUGGCACUGACAGAUCCCAACGCACCAGAUGUGGCUCAGAGACUCCGUUCGACAAUCGUCCUAGUUCUCGAGCAAAACUUCGCAGACCGACUGGCCCACGUCAGCAAGCUCGCCACAGAGCGAACCGAAAGCGUACAACGCGCCAGGACACUUGAUCAGGAUGCCAACGACAUACGCUCCAGAAUCGUUGAUCGAACACGAGAAAUCCGAAUUGACCACUUCGCAUGCGCAGUACCGCUUCCAAGUCUGCAGCUGCGCGCUGACAUCGUGGACGACAACGAAGGAUGCUGUCCCAUCUGCCAGAAUUCGUACACGAACCUCUCCACAAACACAGUCUCGGAUCUACUGGCCGACUACCCCGUGCGCAUCAAAUACUGUGGCCACGUCAUUGGCAAGGCAUGCCUAGAGCAGUGGAUGAGCACGCCAAAGAUAGACGAGGCCAAGUACCCACAUCGGACGUGCCCGCUGUGCAGGGUCAAGAUCGAGGGUGUACAGGCUCCACACUACCCAAAGGGCCUGAGAACUCACCUUAGGACUGACAGGAUUGCGAACGAGUCUUUGAGGGAGUUUCUAUACGGCUGGGACAUCGAGAUCGAUGAAUGCAUGGACACCAUUGCGGCUAGCAUGAGCGAGGAGAUUGCGUGUGAGGAGCUAUUGAUUGUCAUCAAGAAAAUGGCAGGCAAGACCAGAUGGGGCUACGAAGAAGAUGAGAAGAUGUUGAAGAACAAGAUGCAGAAGGUGAAGGAGGAAAGGUGGGUCUGGGGCUUUCGAGGUGAUCGGAUUUGGAGACAGAUGAGGGAUGAAUGGAUGAACAGCGGAACAACCGCAACAGACGUCUGCCGCGCUUUCAAGGCACGAAACAUGGUUGGACAGGUCUCGGCACAGUUCCAGUCUGCUGUUCCUGGCCGUCAUGCCUCAUAUAUUUUGCGCUAUGACGUCGUCAUAGAAACAAGCAAAAUGGGUGUUAACAUUGUCGAUGUUGGCGUCUCAACGACCCUUGGAGAUCGCGAUCAGCAACAAGAUCGAUACAUUGCGUUCGAGCCACGAAGCCUGAAGUCGCGGAAAGAGCUUGCGCUAUUUGCGAUUUUCGACGGACAUGGCGGCACUGAAGCUGUCGCACACAUUCACAAGAAUCUCGUCAAGCACCUGGAGGACCACUUCUCCUCAACAGAGAAGACGCCAGGCGCAGAGUCUUACAAGCAAGCGAUCCAACGGUCGUUAAAAGCAGUGGAUCGAGACAUCAGCCGCGAUGAUCUCGAUGGCGGCGCAACAGUUGCUCUCGUGCUCAUCGACACGAAGCAGAAUCUGCUCGUAGAAGCCGAUCUUGGAGACUCCCACAUCGUGUUUGGCGACCAUUCCGACCACCGGGGCAGCCUUGAUGGCGCAAAGAGCAUGGACGAUUGGGACGUGAAGGUACUCAGCAAGGAGCAUGCACCCGAUGCACCGGAAGAGAAGAAGCGCAUCGAAGAGGCAGGUGGCGAGGUCAACUACAGCACGGGUACUGCACGAGUGGGCGCUGUCAGUAUGGCUCGCGCUCUUGGCGACCACGAGUACAAAAAGCCACGAGUGAACCGCCUGGCCGGACACGAUCUCUCGGAUCUGGAUGGUGUUGAGACAGGUGUCGCACCCGGCGCGACGGUUACGCAUGAUCUUGUAUCCAACAAAGCGCAUUUCAGCACACGACAACUCGAUGGUCAGAGCCUUAUCAUGCUCGCAUCCGACGGCGUUGGCGAUGCAGGCGAGGCGUGCGACGAUGCACGUGAGGCCGUGAGGAUGUGGAGUGAAGGUAUGAACCUGAAAGACAUUGCGGAGUCGAUUACGGAGAGUGCUGGCAAAAUGAAGAAUGCCGAUAACUGUACCGUUUUGCUAGUUGUGCUCGACACAGAGGGCAAUGGAUCAAGGAGAGAUUCUGGAUCCAGCGUUCACAGGAAUUCGAGUAGUGGCAGUUCACGGAGGGGGAGGAGAAGGAGCAGCAUCAGCGCUUUCAAAGACAACAUCAAGGAACUGCUGAAGUGA